UAUAUCACACAGACAAUGCUCCUUUUUGUGAUCUGCCGUGAGGGUCAGCAUCUUAAUGAUGACAUCCUCUCCACUAUUGUACACUACAUAUUUAGUGUACAUAGUUUAGAGGUGGAUGAGAAAGACGAAACUUUCAACAACCAGACACUACUGCACCACUGUGUAAUCUGUGGAAAUGAUCGACUAGCGAAUAUACUCAUCGGAAUAGGAGCUGAUGUCAAUGUGCAGGACAGCUUAUGGCGAUGGACUCCACUUCACAAUGCAGCCCUCACGAACAAGAUCAACGUUGUCAAGGUGAUGCUGUCACAUGACAGUGACGGUGUCACGUUGGAUACCACACUGCGUGACCGGGAUGGGAGAACAGCGUUGGACCUCGCCAGGCAUCAGCAGCAUGAGGGAUUUGUGCAGUUGCUGCUGGAGCACGAGAGUGCGAAGAAAGAGGAACUUAGAACUGCUGCUGUCGCUGAGGACAUCAUUGGUGGUAAGGACGAGGCCAGCGUGGUACGCGUGCGUAUGUACCUUGUCGGCAAGUUCGCCACGGGAAAGUCCAGCUUUGUCCGGGCACUGCUCGGUGAAGAGUUCAUUGAAAACGCGGACAGCACCGACUCCAUUUCCAUCCAUCGAUCCAGACUCAGAAUGCAUCUCUCCUCUCAUACCGCCACAAGCACGCAAGAGGCAGCACAAGUUCUUGUGGAUGACAGUCAACAUAGUUUCUUUGUCAAUCUACUCACAGCUCGCAUCCGAUCAUCUGUAGAUCUGGUCCAGAAAAUCAAGAAACGUCCGUCAAUCUUGUCCAAAGUCAAGACACUGUUCACUUCACGACUCAGUUCGUCAUCGACUGCCUCCGCUACCGGCACCAGAGCAUCUGCUGCAUCCGCUGUCAACAACGAGUUUGCCAAUGUUCCCCACGCUAAUGACCUGACCAAAGUGGCACAAAAUGUUAUCUCUCAAGUUCGCUCGUCUGUCAGCAAUGUCGAUAACAGUUCAAAUGAAGCGGAAGCAGCAUAUGCGUUUGUUGAGCUGUGGGACAUGGGUGGACAGAUGCCGAUGUUGGUACAACAAAGCAUCUCGUUUUCAAUUUGUGACAGCGUGUACAUUGUGACUCUUGACAUGAGGUGUGACCUGGAUGAGGAGGUAACGGAAGACGUCUACCGCUUCGAUGGUCAGGAGAUUGUAACUUCUACACCGUUGCCAGGAAUGACGCAGGCUGACUACCUUCACAUGUGUCUGUCACUGAUUGAUUUGCAGCAUAGAGCAGACACACACCCUGACCAGCAUCACCACCAGCAGCAGCAGCAGCAACAGCAACAGCAGCAACAGCAGCAGCAACAGCCGCAGCAGCAACAGCAGCAGCACCAACAUCAGCAGCACCAACAUCAGCAGCAUCAGCAUCAGUCAGACACAGAGCCGGGUAAGACCAGUAGCAGCAAUAGCAGCCACCAUCAUGAUGAGAGUAGCACAGCCAUCAUGGUUGUUGUUACACAUGUGGAUCUUGUCGAUGACGACCAAAUAGAGAAGAAGAAGGACAUGUUCUUCAAUGCCGUGUCCAAGCUGGCUGAAAGGGCCGGACCCAACGUCAAGGUCUCUGGACCCUUCUAUGUUGACAAUCACCGUCUUCAAGAUCGCGUAUCUCGCCACAGCCAGCUUGCUGAAGCACAGCAAGAGCUCUCUAGAAUUGUGUCUGCCUUUCCUGUCCAAGGAAUUCCCUUGAUGCAGGUGAAGAUCGAAGAAGCUAUUUCUCUCCACCAAAAGGAAAUGCUUCGCUAUGCAAAGGCUGGAUGCAGUGAUGAUGCAAUGCAAGCUACCAGUAGUGAUCAGCAGCAGCAGCAGCAGCAGCGGCAGCAGCAGAGUUUUGUUAGUAUGGACUACCCACAGUUUGUAGACUUUUGUCGGCAUGUUAGCGGCAAAGAUCUCAACACUACACAAGUGUCUGAUCUACUGCACCGCCUUCAGCAACAUGGCACAGUGUUUUGCUGUGACUGCCCGCAUCCACUCACUUCAAGUGUCAUUUUCCUUGAACCCCAGCAGCUGUUACUCAACUUUGUACGCUUGAUGACCUUCCCUCUGAAGGAGACAGCUUUUCCAAGCACCUCAGCAACAUUAGUCAGAGAAGUGCAACACUUUCGACGUACGGGAAUUGCCAGCGCGAGGUUGAUAGAGAAAGUUUGGUAUCCUCUCAGCCGUGUUGUCCAGCUAGCUCUCUGCAAAUCCAUGUGUUACUUCAACCUGGCAGCAGAACUUCAGCCCGCCAGCAGUGCAGCCACCAGCAGUACAGCCACCAGCAGUACAGCCACCAGCAGUACAGCCACAAGCAGUACAGUCAACAGCAGUACAGCCACCAGCAGUACAGAUACCAGCACCGGAGGGUGUGGCAGUAGAGUCGGCGGCAGCAGCAACAGCAGCAGCAGACAAGACAGGUGUCCAGUUGUCACGCCAGGCCUUCCCGACCUCUUCAUCCCUUUCUGCUGCAACCAGGAAGCAUUACGGUUGGUUUUGGAGGAUGAUGUUCCCUUUAAGCUACCGUUUAACCACCUCAGUUUCCCUGGGAUGCUGUUUCCUCCACCACUGUUCGGUCGCUUAGUCACCUACAUAAUUCAUCGUAUGAAGAAAGAGUCAGCCAGUCUUCAGUUCACAUCCAGUGCGGCAUCACUGAAUUUGGAGGUUGGUUGUAGUCAAGUAUGCCUCUGCUGGACACCGACAGGUGUUCGCUUAGAAUGCGCUGCUGAUACACCAUCCAUACUUGCUGAUGUGGCUUGGGAUAUGAAGAGUGCAAUUGUUGACUUCACACAAGUUCUCAGCCGCCAAGGGUACCAGCAGUUCACAGUUGUUGGUGAAUCAUUUGUCUGCACUUCCGCAUCAUGCCAGGAUCGCCUGAAGGAAUGCAGCAGUCCUGCAGAAGUGCUGGUACACUCGUCGUGGGUGUUGCUAACCAGCUUGCACAAGAAGCAUUUCUUGACGGCAUACGAGUCAGAUGGGAACACCGCCCUGACCUUCAAGGCUACGUGUGCUACCUGCAAGGAGAAGGUCAUUAUCCCGAGGUCCUUCUGGCCCUGGCUGCGUAAGGAUGUGCCAUUUGUCCAAGCUGAGCAGCCACUAGCAGCAGCAGCAGCAGUGCCACCAGCAGCAGUGCCACCACCAGAAGUGCCACCACCAGCAGCAGCAGUGCCACCACCAGCAGCAGCAGUGCUACCAGCAGCAGUGCCACCACCAGCAGCAGUGCCACCAGCAGCAGCAGCAGUGCCACCAGCAGCAGUGCCACCAGCAGCAGUGCCACCAGCAGCAGUGCCACCACCACCAGCAGCAGUGCCACCAGCAGCAGUGCCACCAGCAGCAGUGCCACCAGCACCAGCAGUGCCACCAGCAGCAGUGCCACCAGCAGGACAAGCAGCAGCAGCUGCAUUACAUCUGCCAUCACCAUCAUCAGCAGCAGCAGCAUCGGAGUCCGCAUCAGCAGCAGCAGCAGCAGCAUUGGAGUCCGCAUCAGCAGCAGCACCAGUGCCACCAGCAGUAAAAUCAACAGCAGCAGUAGCAUCACCAUCACCAUCAUCAUCAGAAUCAUCUACAUCACCAGCAGCAGCAUUAGCACCCGCAGAGGCAGUUUCAUGCCAACCGUCAACAUCACCACUGAAAGUUUUGUCAGACAUUUCUCAUUUUCGAAACUUCAGCCGAAGCAUUGAAGGUUGCGUCAGCCGCCUUAAACGUGAGGACUUUGCCCAAGCCGUUGCAAUACUGAUUGACCCAGAAUACAGCAACGAUUUCAAAGACGACAUGCAAGACUUUAUCGUGAGAAACGACCUCGGCACCACUAACAUACCGGAUAAUAUGCAUGGUGUUAUCAGGUGGGUCGUGGACAAAGCUGGAACGCACGAAGUCACCCUGGCCGAGUUGAAGAAGAUAGCGCUAGACCUGAAUCCGGACAAGAAGAAAAAGAUUGAGAAAACAUUCCAUGUUGAAACAUGGUGAGGCGUCAUCUUGAAGCUGCCCUGCUCACCUGCCCAGCGGUGGCCUCUAUUCGUUCCUGGCUUAGCUGUCAACUGUCUACAUUCUACUGGUAGUGAGUCGCUCGACAGCUGACCACCUCAAGCAUCUGAAGACCAUCUUCCCGCACUUGGCAGAGUAUGGUCUGGUGGUCAAUGUCAGCAAGUGUGUCUUCAUGCAACCCUCCGUGACAUUCCUGGGUCACAAUGUCAAAGCCACUGCCGGCGGCGGCAUUGAGACACUGGCAGAGAAAGUCAAGGCCAUGGUGGACUACCCUGCUCCAGACACUCACUCUGCUCUCUACCUCGCUUUCUAGGUUUGGUUAAUCUCUACCAACGCUUCAUCCCGGAUUGUGCAUGCGUUCUUCAGCCGCUCGCGGAUUUGUUAGCAGGCCCUCAAUCUCCCACAAACCUUUGUCGCGAACGUUGAGAUGAAAUACAUGAAAAUAAAUUCUGAAUAACUAAUUUGUAUUUUGCAUUACAUGACGAUGAUUAACAUUAGUGUUUUUGUAUAUACCAUGACAAUGAUUGUACUCUCUUACUCUCUUACAUUGUGGCUGAUUCCACGCUUGGGUUAGCAGAAUUCUGGUUCCCUAUCUUCAUUUCUAAUGAUUGACUCCAUUUCACUUCAAAGUAGCUUCGAAGGUAGUCUUCGUUUCUCUAGUCUUUGCAUUUCGUUCUGAAACAAAUUCUUCGUUAUGUUUUCAUACCGUGAGUAGUCUCGCGCUCUUGAUUUGUUUUGCUCACGCAUGACUUUCCUUUCUGUUCUUUUUGUUAUGCAUGACCAUGAUGACGUAUUGGUAUGAUGUAUAUGUGUACGUGACCACUUGACCACGUGACUAUGUGUUCACUAACUAUAGAGUCUGCAGACUGUAGCCUAGUGGAGGCUAGUGCACUUUAGCCAUUCGCUCUCCUUGCUGUUACUUCUUCUCCGUUUCUAUUUUGUCGCUGCACUAGUUCCUUUUUCCACCAUUCCACGCCAAUGAAAGUCGUGGUCGCCAAUUAAAUGCAUGAUCUUUGUGCGCAGCUGCCUGUGGAUGCAGCUGCCCUGUUUCCGUUCCAUUUGGAUUUAGAUUGAGAAAGAAACUUUCCAAAUCAUAAAUGAA